UCGACUCUUGCCCGUCCAAUAACACCUCAGUUAUUUCAAUUCCAAACUUCACCAGCGCCCAGCAUCCCACCUGUUGGUUCGGGAUAACAAGCUGAAGAAACCCUCUCAUCUGUCAAAAAGGUUGCCGCCAAGUUACAGCGGGAAAUCAGGCCGCUCUCUACAAAAUGUCCAAACGAAGCUCCAACGUCAAAUCUAUUCAGGCCAACAUAAACAUACCCAUGGGUGCCUUGCUGCCUGGAGCUGGACAUCCCAGCAAAAGAAAAGAAUGUACAAUAGAAGCUGAUGAGGGGACAUGCAAUAAAUCAGAUGAGAAGAAAGAGCUGCCUGGAGCAGUGAAAUUACCAGGACCGGCUGUCAACCUCAAGCAGCUUCAAGAUGCCAAGAGCGAGCUCAAAUUUGUCCCCAAGGUUGAGUAGAAGAGAUUUGGAUUCAGCUUGAGGAACAGUAACUAUUCUCAUGGACUUUCACUUUGUGCCAUCUCUGCCCAUGCAGAAUGGCAAUGGCCUACUCACAUGCCCCAAGAUUUUAUACAGGCUUUAAUAGAAUAAACCAAUGAUUUAUACAAAGCCUACCCUUCACCACUGUUGCCUCCGAUACCAUAAA